GUAGUAUAAGAAAUGGAUUUUCGACCAAUAGACGGAUUCCGAGGGUCCAUCAACGGUAAUGAUGGCCAAAGGACUUCUCCUUCUCUGGUUGCUGAUUGGGAUUGAGCAGCUUUAUCUGACAUCAGCUGCCUCAGAGAUGGUCUGGACAGCAGUUUUGGGUAGGUCGGUGACUCUGCCCUGUCUACACUUGUCUUGGUCUCAGAGCAGGAAUAGCAUGUGCUGGGGCAGAGGCCCAUGCCCUAAUUCCAAAUGCAACCAGGAGAUUCUCCAUACCGAUGGAACAAAGGUCAUCUCAGGUAAAUCAGCCAAAUACAGGCUUCAGGGGAAUAUCCAGAGAGGCGACGUCUCCUUGACCAUCUUCAAUACCCAUGAAGGUGACAGUGGUGUGUACUGCUGCCGCAUAGAGGUGCCUGGCUGGUUCAAUGACGUGAAGAAGAACAUUCGCCUGGAGCUGAGGAGAGCCCCUACAACCACUCGCCGAACAACAACCACUCGCCAAACAACCACCACUCGCCAAACAACCACCACUCACCAAACAACAACCACUUGCCAAACAACAACCACUCAUCCAACUACCACCCCUCGUAUGACAACAACCACCACUGUACUUCCAACAACAGCCAUGAGUAUACCUGACUUCGCAACUGAGACAAUGCUGCAGACAACAACCACCUCUGUCCUUCCAGCAACAGCAACCACGCCCCCUCCUACAGCACUGAGCUCCUUUCCAGAAGAAUACACAGAAUUUCUCAUCACUGAACCUUCUACGGAAGAGCUCAUCCUCACGGCAGAAUCUGAAACUUUUCUUGUCUCCAGUGAGUCUUGGCAAGGCACUGAGGCAACCUCUGCAGACACUGACUUACUCACUUCAGAAGAGUCUGAAUCUCGGGUUCUCCCAUCAACGUCCCAGGCAUCGACAAGGAAAGUGAACGAUUCAGUGAUUUUCCCUGUGACUGGAGUAUCUGAGAUUCUUGGGCAUGAUGGAGGAUUGGGACAGGUGAAAAUGAUCGACCACACCUACCUGAUGAUGAUCAUUGCUCCUUGCUUGGGAUUUAUGCUGUUGGCAUUGCUUGCAGUGUUCCUCCUGCGAGGGAAAGUCACGAAAACCAAUUGUUUGCAGGAACACACAAGGAUAGGCCAUGUUGGAGAAACUAACAAUGUCCUCCGUGACAUGCAAAACGCAAGGGAAGAUGAAGAUGUCCUCUUUACGCUCUAGGACACGGCCUUUUCUUAGGCUUGCAGAUGGGGAUUGCGCUUGAAGCAUCAACAUCAGUCUCAGGAUGUUUUCAUUUUUGUUUUUAAAAAAAGGCUUCACCCAUCCCAUUUCUGUCACCCAUCCAACCUUUGCUUUGGUGUCACACGUGAAAUGCACUUUAGAGACGCA